AGUUAUGGUUGGCCUGAUCAGUAGGUGAGAAAAAAAAUCAUCCCGGACAGUGGGUUUAAGUUAUCUUAAUGUGAAACGCUGGAGAUGAGUUCCUUUGCAUAGUUUUAUAGGCAAUCUCCGCCAUUUUUGCAAUGAAACAAAUCCCUUAAAUAUCACACGACAUUGAGCUCUGCAGUAACUGACCUCUAGAGAAUCUGCAGGGGAGGGUUCGGAUUCGGAAUGGAACCUCAAAUCAGCAGCAAGCAGACCUUCCAGCCCAGUGAGCACCAACAUAUCCGCUAUAACCCUCUCCGUGCUGAGUGGAUCCUGGUCUCUGCUCACCGGAUGAAACGUCCUUGGAAGGGGCAGGUUGAGAAACCAACAGAGGUGAACGUUGCACGUCAUGAUCCAACUAACCCCCUCUGUCCUGGAGCAACAAGGGCAAAUGGGGAGGUGAACCCAGAGUAUGAAAGUACGUACGUAUUUGAUAAUGACUUCCCAAGCCUACAACCAGAUGCUCCAGACCCAGGUCUCAGUGAGCACCCGUUGUUUCAAACAAAAGCUGCUAGAGGAGUUUGUAAGGUCAUGUGCUUCCAUCCUCAUUCCGACAUCACCUUGCCAUUGAUGUCCAUUCCAGAAAUCCGAGCAGUGAUUGACAAAUGGGCAGAACUCAUGGUAGAACUAGGAUCGACAUAUCAAUGGGUGCAGAUUUUUGAAAAUAAAGGUGCAAUGAUGGGAUGUUCAAACCCACACCCACACUGUCAGGUGUGGGCCAGUACUUUUCUUCCCAAUGAGCCACGAAUAGCUGAUCAAACACAACGCGACCAUUACAACUGCCACAGGAUGCCAAUGCUGGUGGAGUAUGCCAAGUUAGAAACUCAAAAAAAGGAACGUAUUGUGGUUGAAAAUGAAGAUUGGUUGGUCGUUGUUCCAUAUUGGGCUAUGUGGCCUUUUCAGACUUUACUUCUUCCAAGAAGACACAUUCUUCGUUUACAAGACUUGUCUGAUAAAGAAAGGGACAGCCUUGCUUCCAUUAUGAAAAGACUCUUGACAAAAUAUGACAAUCUAUUUGAAGUCUCUUUUCCCUAUUCUAUGGGAUGGCACGGCGCCCCCACGGGACAGUCCUUUCUUGAUGACAACUGUCACUGGCAGCUUCAUGCUCACUACUACCCACCAUUGUUACGGUCUGCAACAAUCAGGAAAUUCAUGGUGGGGUAUGAGCUGCUAGCCCAGACCCAAAGGGAUUUGACACCUGAACAGGCUGCUGAACGUUUGAGGAAUCUACCAGAAGUUCACUACAAGCUGAAGCAGAAUCAGCCAGAAAAAUGAACAAAUUGAAAUAAACUGUAACAGGCAUGCAUCAUAAUUUUUUGCUUCUACUGAUGAGUUUCUAAAGUGUCUUACAUUUUUAGAGAUGCUUUUUUAAGUAUCAUACAAUUAAGAACCUUUAAUGUCCACUCUAAUCUUACUGGCGUAAUCUAUUUUCCAUUAAACUUUGUUCUGAAA